GUUUGUUGGAUGCAAAAAAGGGAGCUUGUUGUGCCCAAAGACUAUAUAUAUAUAUAUAACUCUUUAAGACUAACAACUUUAACGUAAAUGUUAUCUUGAAUUGUUGAGUUUACAUUGUAAAUUGUAAUAACACAAAGAAACCACGCAUGUUCAAACACUCCAAGUCUCCAAGCUUAGUGUCCGAUUAGCAAGAGCUGUAGCUUUCAUUUUUAGCUGUGAAAUUAUAGCUGUGAAUAGAUUUGUUCUGGCUGUAGAUUUUAAUUCUUAAGAGUCCUUAGAGUUGGACUGUAGAUAUUUAUCCCUACGCAACAUUUAUAAAGACAUGAAUUAUAAAAAAAAGCUUUGAACUUUGAAAAAUUUAUAAAUCAAGAUUGGUAUAGAUUUAGGGCUCUAGAUAUAUUAUAGUUGUGAAGGGCAUCUACAGCGAACUACAGCGAGAAUCAAUCAUACCCUUAGUAUUUUUAAAUCAUCCCUAUUGCUGAUGUUUUUUAAAAAAAAAUAGUUUUAACUACAAAAUAAUUUAAAAUUUUCAAAAAUUUGAAUCAUUAGAUAAAAAGUGUAAUUUGAGUGUCUCAUAAAUUAUGAGAGUUAAUAAAACAAAAACCUCUACUUCUAACUUUUUCUUAUUACUAUUUUAAUUUUAAAUAUUUCUUAAAGUAUGUGGAUAGAUGUGUAAUAAUAAUAAUAAUAAUAAUAAUAAUAAUAAUCAUAAUAAUAAUCAUAAUAAUAAUAAAAUACUAACAACUAGGUGUUUUGCCCGCAUAUGCGGGAAUGCAUAUUCAUCUUACAAAUAUUUACCGGUAUAUGCAUUAUUUAUUAAAAUUUUGAGUGUGUUAUACUAAUUUAUGGUUAAUUAUAUAAUGAUGAAAUUCAAUUAUUCAUUAAGGAUGUCAGUGUUUUUAAUCACUCAAAUAUUUAACGUUCUAAUUUCAUUUCUUUUUAAUUUGAUUUUAUUUUUAGUUUAAAAAAUUUAUAAUUAAAUUUUUUUAAGAUAAAAACACAAUACAUACUAUUUUCUAGAUACUAACUAUUUAAAUCACUAAAUAUUUUUUCUAUUAGUUAUAAUUUGAUUUUUUACUUAAUUAAUAUUCAUACAUUAUUGAGUUUUUAACAAAACCCUAGGAUUUUUUUAAUAAAACAUGUUCAAACCAUAGGAUUGAGAAAACAUCUCCAAACUCUAGGAUUAUAAAUGUUCAACAGCUACCGCUGAUUCAAAAUUUCCUCGGAUGUACCACUUCUUAGUUUUCUUAUGUUCCUUUGUAACAACUCGAGUGAGAAGAUUAAAGUUGGAAGUCAAAAACGAAGCUUGUAUAUAUAAACCAAGCUCGUAUAACAAAUUUUAAGGAUAUGUAGAUAAUUGGGUCUUAAUAAAAUAAUAUAAUUUAAAUAUAAUUUGUAAUAAAAAUAGUAUAGAUUUCUAAAAAAAAAUAUUAUUUUUGUAAGUGGUAGAUAUGAUAAAUAACAUAAAAUAUAAUUAUUCAUUAAGGGUAACAACAACAUUAACCGCUAUAAUUUUUAAAUUGAAAGCUCGAUUACGAAAAAUCAAUUCACAAAUAAGUAUAGAUAACAAAUUUGAAUAGUCAGUUUUAUUUUUAAGAUUGUAUAGUCAAUUUUAUUUUAGACAUUAGAAGGUCCUCUCAAGUGGACUAUAGGGGUAACCACAUAUAGACCAAAAUCAUCAAUUUUCAAGAGCGAACAAGAGACUUGUCAAAAGUGUCUAUUUUCAUCAAUGACAAUGAGGACACUUAUUUCUGUUGUCUAUUCAGCAUAACCAAUAUGACCAAACCUGUUUCAUGUAACGGCCAGAGGUUUCAAUAAGUGACAAAGAAAGCAUGUGAUUCCUGUAACUUAGGUGGGCCCUAUCUGGUUAUAUUCUUUAGUCACUCAUAGAAAUCAGAAUCAGCUUGAUGCUAUAGGUAAACCCUAGUUUUUAUUAAGAAGAUCCCAUGUGAAACCCUUCAUUUUUAAAUACAACAAAAAUUUAUUGUAUCAUUAAACACAACUUCGAAAUUUGAUUCCUUAACCUUUAAACUACUCUAUAAAUAGCAACUAACUGAAACACAACUCCACCAAAAAAAAUAAUCUUUCUCCGCUUUCAUAAAACAUAUUGCUCUUAUAGUCUCUAUAGAAACUCUUGGUGUAGACAUGGUGGUUAUUCGAUUGGUGCGUGUUACCAACUCUAAACAGUCCCAAAAACAGCAAUCUCGGCCUCGGGUUCCAAAAGGACAUGUUGCGGUUUAUGUCGGAGAAGAGAUGGAGAACAAUAAGAGAUUCGUGGUUCCCAUUUCGUAUUUGAACCAUCCUUUGUUUCAAGGUUUGCUUAAUCGAGCAGAGGAAGAGUUCGGUUUCAAUCAUCCCGUUGGUGGAUUGACGAUUCCUUGCAGAGAAGAAACAUUCGUAGGUCUUUUGAAUUCUUAUGGUUGUAUUGUUUCAACUUGAGCAUCUUUUUUUCGGGAACCUCAGAAAUUUCUUUUAUUUUCUUUUCUUUUCUAUUUUAUAGAUUUUUUUGUUGUUCCUUUUGUUUAUUUAUUCAAAGGAGAACACAGUCUGCAUCAACAUGUAUAUAUUUUGUACUUCCACAAAAACAUUGAUAUAAAUCAUGUUUGCGAAGAUAAUCUUGUUAUAUAAGUUCAUUCGGAAUAUCCAAAGUACCUUUAGCUUGACAGCUGAUUUAAACCUGAAAGCACUUGUAAGGAGUCUCCACAAUAGGUUUUCAAACUUCAAAAAAUAUUACAUAUGUUAUACAAAAGUUAUUUUAUAAAGUUAGAGAACAAUUUUUAAAAUGAAAUUAUAUUGUAUGAGGUUUCCAAGUUGAAAAUGAAAUACAUGUUUAAUACAGUAUAAACAUUAUAUUUUUCUUUUAAAGGAGAAAAUUGAGAGCCUUGUUAAAAUCUCCCAUCGUUCUCGCUCAACUACUCUGUAUUAGAAAACUCUGUAUUAGAAAAUGUCACUACCAUUUAUUUCGACUCCAUAUUCUACAUUGUUAUCUGUGCAUAUAAUAACUUAGUUGUUUUGGCGUUUGACUUAACCAACUUUUACAAACUCAUUAGUCACUGACAAUCAAAUUCCACUCAUUGCCGAUCAAUUUGUCUAUACAAAACCAUAUAAUUUUUUUUUAUCGUCAACUUUAAAGACUCAUAUUAAUUCUGCGAACCAUACCGAGAGAUCUUAAUCUAUGUAAACGAUGCAAGACGAAAGACGUUUGCUUCAUGGCACUGCAUGCUAAACUAUCCACCUUUUUAUUUUGCGUCUUUGGUAUAUAGAUAAAUCUCUGAUCGGAGGAAACUUUCUUUCAGGUUCUUAAUAUCUUCCAAAUAACUUUCAAAAGCUGGUCAUUCUUCUGGUUCCGAAACUAUCUUCACCAAUUGAGAACAAUCCGUUGCAAACGUAACCUGAAAUUGUCGUAAGUUUCUCAUGCAUUCCAUAGCCCAUAGUAGCGCUUCCAUCUCUACAUGAAGAGGAGAGAGAGUAGCCCGAACAUUCCUUGCCCCCACCAACCCCUCAAAUCCUUUUAAAGUACUGAAUCAGCCCUGACCGGAGAAAAUAUCAUCCUCUUUCCUGGAUCUAUCAGUGAAACACCAUCUUCCAGGAAUUGACGGAAGAGUCGUAACCUCUAACUGUGGUACCGUCUUCUGUUUGUUGAAAAUUUGUGUCUCAGUCCAGAGUGUAGAUUUUGUUUCUACCAAUUUAAGUGUGUCUCUAGGAUCCAUAUCCGGAUUACUAAAAACUUUAUUAUUCCUUCAUUUCCAAAUGUACCAUAGUAUUCAUGCAAACUGAUGAUUAUCCAUCUGGGAAAACCCUCCAGGAGAGAUGAUCCAUGUUUGUAAAGAGAAAGCUUGUUGGGAAAAUAGCUAGAUUUGUUGGUAUCUUUGAGAGAGCCCAAAACUGAAGGGCUGGAGGACAUUCAAAAUACACAUGGUUAAUCGAUUCCUCAUCAGCUC